GUGGACAAAUUAGCAAUUAGACCAUGUGGAUAGUGGACGAACUGAUGGUAGACCAAAUGAUAGUAGACGAGUUGACAAUUAGACGAAGUGGCAUUAGUCGAAUUGGAAAUAACCUUCUUCCCUUCUCUCCAAACUCCAGUCUCUCCCUCCUUUCCCUCCCCUCCCCUCUCCAAGUCCCCUCUCACACCCCCCCCCCCCUCUCUCUGUCCAUCUCUCUCACACACACAAACCACAACCAUCCGUGAUCUCUUUGAGCCAACCAACGACGACCAGCAGUCAGUCAGUCAGUCAGUACAUGUAGCUCAAUCAAUCCCCUCCUUCAUUCACCCACAAGACCACGGUCAUGGAUUCAUCAUAAGCCAACUCCACUCCUAUCACAGCCAAUGGGAAGACCACUUUGCACAGACACAGCUGGAUUUGAAUUUCACUUCACAUCUUUAUGUCAACUGGACUCCAAUGUGACUUGAAUAUUGGAUCUUUAAUACUGGGUUUACUUGGUUUAUAAUACUCUUAAUCAUUCUUGGCAAAUUACAACAUAUUUGGAGAAAUCAUGGAGCUUGGAUUGCUGUCUCUGCAGUCCCUUCUCAUCUCUAUGGGUCUGGUAAUACUUGGACUGACCCAUGGGGAAGGUCUUGGUCCUACAAAGCGCCCCCUACCAGGGCAGGAGGAGCAUGGGACCUGUAGGGAAUGCUGUGAGAGGGGGCUACCGGGCCAACAAGGGAACCCGGGUUACCCUGGGGUGCAAGGACCCGCUGGAUUACCAGGUAACCAUGGGAACAAUGGCAACAACGGUCCUCCGGGCGUCCAGGGUCCGAAGGGAGAUGCGGGACCAAGAGGCAUGGACGGGACCAUAGGAAGCAAGGGAGACCAAGGACCAAUAGGACUACCAGGAAAGAGAGGGCAGGCAGGAGAUCCUGGUAUACCUGGAGCCCCUGGGAAGCCCCACGGUGCGGUCAACUCACAGCCACAGGGUCCCAGAGGCCCACGAGGGCACGCUGGACCAAGGGGCCCUAAGGGAGAACCCGGCGACAGCGGUCGUAACUCCCAUAACCUGCGGAGGUGGUCUGCUUUCUCCUUCGGUAGCACCAAUGUCAUCACCGCAUCCACCCACGACGAUCGAAUCCUCGAGUUCAACCACGAAUUUGUGAACAUAGGAGACGAUUUUGAUACAGAAAGGAGCGUCUUCACUUGCCAAAUCAACGGAACCUACUAUUUUGUCAUGCACGCCAACAAAUGGUCGAACUCGCGGAAUCUUUACAUUAAACUGAUGAAAAAUGGGGAAAUGGUUACGGCAAUUUAUGAGGAUGCAGGGUACGAUUAUUACGAUGGGAUCAGUAACAGUCUGCUACUGCAUCUUAGGCGGGGUGACCGGGUGUGGUUACAACUGCAUAGCAACAAUGAAGUUUAUGGAGGAUUGGCAAAAAUGACUACAUUCUCAGGAUGGUUGGUGCGAGAGGAUUGAUGACAAGGCAAUCCAAAGAACAGUAGACCUUGAAACAGUCUUUGUGUAUUGGACAACUUGAGAGACAUUAUGUAAUGGAGACCUGGCGGCAACGCUUCUUUCUUAAUUUUCUCGAAAGACAUAGGGUUAGGAACAAUAACAAAAGUAUGAGGCAAGUCUUUCUGCUGGAAGCACAUUCAGCAUCUCUUUCACUGCAGGUGGGUGUUACAUAAAGCUGUUUGUAAGUUAAGAGUAACUUAAGAAUGACUGGUGAUCCUUUGUUGUGGUAAAGGGUAUUCAGUCGUUCUUCAAGUCGCUCUAAACUUAAGAACAAAUUUAUGAAACACCUCCCGGACCCUAACGAGAAGUAGAGAUAAACACAGCCUCACUCACCUCAAAGAAAAUAUUUACGGUCAAAUAUGACUGCUAUGCAGUUAUUAUUCAUGAAUGUCAAACCCAAAGUCAAAUUUCUUUCAUUCAAAUGUUUGUGACAACCACUGUCUUGCAGAAUCAUUACAUUUAUGGUAAAGUUAAUCACAGGCAAAAUUACAUGCAAAACUUUGUUGUCCAAAAACAUAGAAAUAUCAUCUGUGAAUAUUAUGAAAUUUCUACAUCAACCCACAAGAUUACAUUGUGAAAUGAGUUGAUAGUGAACUAAUUGGGAAAUCACAAAAGGAAAAAGUGUAAAUAUUCCUAUUAGGUGGAUUUUGCCUGUUGUGCCAACGUGACAGACAAAGUAUUUAUAGAGCCUUGGGUGUCAGCCAAAUCGUCAAUACAGUGAGAAUAUCAAUCUGGCAUUUCCCUGUUUUGCAAAUUUUGAUUACCUACUUCAACUUUACCAUGAACUACAUUGUAUAUACACAGGAAGUUCAAGAUUAUUUAAAAUAAUGGUUAACUGGCAUAUCAUUACUCUUGAAUGGAAGCGAAUCAGGAAAGGGGAUGAACUUUGUGAGGGCAUGAAAUAACUUUUUAAAAACCUAAAAAUGACCUCUAGGGCCCGUAACACAAAGCUUCGCAAUGAUCGUAGAACAUUUUUCUAUGAUUGAUUUCAUUGACUACAAUGUACAAUCAAUCGUAAAACCCUGGUCUGAUGAGAUUUGUUAUGACUCUUUCUAAAUCACAAAAUUGAAGAGAUGCUUUGAACGAAAGCCACAUCUAGAGGUGGGUGACGCGUGUCUUUCAUGAAACGCCCCCCUGGUUGGUGGUGAAGGUGGGGGUGGUGAGGGGGGGUGGGGGUGAUGGCACAUAAAUUGUGCAUUUAUUUUACCUACAUACAUGAUUAUGUGUACUGGUAGAUCUGUGCCUACACUAUUUUGAAACGUGCUAUCCUCUCUUGAAGACAUAAGCCUUUUUAGUUAAAAAUAUUUUUUGCUUAAAAGUUUGAACACAUUGGAUCACCUCCUGUAGCCAUCACUUAUGAAUUAAUGGAUUUUGUAUGGUUCAUACCAAAUAAUUUUAAUUUGGUUGUUGUUUAAAUUGUUUCAAGUUGAUUGCUGUCACUUUUGGGAGAUUGAUAUCAAUUUUUGGGUAGUCUAUAUCUCUGAGGGUGGACUCAGGGAUUUAAAUGGGGACUGUCCUCAAUGAGGUCCACUGCAAAGUGGAAAACUAGACUUGAGACUGAUGGCUUUUGAUAAAACAAUUCAAAGAAUAUUGCAAAUUUGGGUAUAAAUCAUGAUGAGAAUCUGAUCUUUACUGAAAAUUGAAAUGUUGGGGGCAAUAUGUGAUCCUUACAGGUAGGUUCUUCUGUAAAAUGUGAUCUUUUUGAAGAGGUAAGUUGACUUUCAUCAUACUAUUUAAGGUAAAAAUUACAUGACUACACUAAUCAAAAUAUUGAAUUCUGGUUAAAUAACCAUGAACCGUGAAAGCAGUUUCAAGACAGAAGCAAAUUCUAUUCAUUGUGAUUGUGGACCACAGCCUUCAACCUCUACAUCAGCACUUUGAAAAAAAAAUAAUAAAAACGAACUAAUGCCACCCCUGCCCUUCAUUCUUGCCGAGUAUUCCCAUUCAUAGAACUUUGUACCUUUAGAAAAUCAGACCUGUUUAUCUCAGGAAAGAUCUAUAUUUGUCUCUCUUUGAAAUAUUUAUUUGGAUGUCUUAAUUGGAUUUGAUAGUUAUCACAUCACAAUAGCUGUCAAUGUUCUGUACAUACCUGUAAAUUUUUACUCUGUUCUAUUGUUCAUUUUUUUGGGGGGUGGUGGUGGUGGUUUCAAGAACAUAUAUACAUAUAUUUGUGUUUGUAUCAAUUUCUCUGCAAUUAAAUUCAUACCAUUUGUA